AUGAGUACUGAGCCAACCCCUCGUGUUAUUGUUUUUGAUCUUGAUGGCACAUUGUGGAGGCCUGAGAUGUAUGAACUUUGGGGUGGUGGCGCUCCCUUUAUGCUGUCGAAAGAUAACUCAAGCAUUGCUAUUGAUAAAAAAGGGACGGAAGUGCGUCUUAUUGGUCAAACGCGGGAGUUGCUGCAAAUGCUGAGCACAACUGAGGAAUGGCGGAACACCCAUUUGGCGAUAUCUUCUACUUGUGAUGAGCCGCGAUGGGCGAUGGAACUGCUGCAAUUGUUUCGGUUCAGAGACAAGAGAGGAAAUGAUGUGCCAAUGCUUUCUCUGUUCGGUGAUUUAGUGGAAAUAUAUAAGGCAAACAAGAAAAAUCAGCACCGUACUAUUCUUAAGAAAGUGAAAGAGCACGAUCCGACUGUAAGGGGUGAUUUUUCUGACUUUAUUUUCUUUGAUAAUCAGCAGGACAACAUCGGUCACGUCUCGAGCAUCGGCGUUACGAGCAUUUACUGCCCGAAUGGAAUGGUGGGUGGAGUCUUUGAGCGAGGGCUUAAAGAGUGGAGAGAUAAGGAAAAAAAACGCGCUUUGUAA